AAACAAAGGUGCCUUGUGUGUGAUGCGAAGAAAUGCAAAAGAUAACAAACAUUUGUGACAGCUGUUUUUUUGAUUUUUUUUCAAUUACGUUUGAAUUAGUUUUUGUUUUUUUAGGCUCGAUAAGAAAAAAAAGGAGAUAUUAAUUGCAAAUGAAUUAGAAUUUAACGACUCGAUGAUAUUUUGGAUUGUUUUUGAAAAUAUUACUGAUCCACUAUUUUGCUGCUGCACAACCGAUUUUUGCGAUGGGCUUCCCACAACAACAAUUCCCUACAACAACAAACAACAAAGAUCCUUUUAUUGACUCUUUCUUUCUCUCUGACUCCUUUUUCCCCAAUCUUUUUUUGAACAACCAAUAAAAAGAUAGUCGAUUAAUCUAAACCCAACCAAUCAAAAAGACUUGAUUUUCAUUUGACGCUGCGCUCACAACAAAAUGGAAUUCAUUGGGAAAAUCUCGAGGCAAACACAGCAAGGGAUGGAACGGUUUUUCGUUUUAAAACUUACCACCGCGUUCCACCAGCAGUUCAGUUGUGGAACAACCGUCAAGCUGUCGGCACACGAACAUUUUUCCUUUCGUCUUGGGCCAUCAUCUUUAAAUAUUUCCAGAUCGCGUUAAUCAUCGUGUCAAAGAGAAAAUGCGGCCGUCCCACCGCAUCCUCGUUUGCUUGACACUGCUAGUGGUCAUCAUCUCAUCUUCAAUCGGUCACUGCCGAUCGUUACGGAAUCGCUACGAGGUGUGGACUCGAGUCGCCAGUAAAGAAAUGGAAUGCUGGGCUGGUCGCUUACUGGACAUUUGGAACAACAGCAACGACGACGACCAUCGUGCAGCAGCAGGAGGAGGAAAUGAGGCCGUUGUAGGGGUCUGGAGUUCCGCUCUGGAGACUCGCCGUAGUUUGAGUUUGGCUGACGUACGCAGCGGAAUCAGCCGGCUGCUUGGAUUCCCAUCAAAGUCGGCCUAUUUCGCUUUUUGGAAGAAACUUUUCCUCUUCGAUGUGGUGGCCAAUGUUGCCAGGGUUGGCGGAUCUCUUUUCCUCUACGUCUUUGCUCCUCACUUGUACCAAAUGCUUCCGGGAGGUUUAGUUGGUUGACGA